ACGCCAACCAUUGUCAAUCGUCGUCAGUGUCAACUAUGUUUAUUUUUGUUUGAUAAAGAGGAAUCAAAGUGUUCAGUUUUAACACAUAGUAACUCGUUUCAAUUUGGUUUUUCGAUUUAAUGUUCAGACAUGGCUUGGACGCGAUUCCAAGUGUUUUUGGCCCUCCUGAUGGUGUUUACUGGCAGCAUAAACACAAUCAGUACCAAGUGGGCUGAUACUAUAAAAUCGGUUGGAAGAGAUGGUGAGUUGAAGAACUUCGAUCACCCAUUCUUCCAGGCCAGCACCAUGUUUUUGGGUGAGCUGAUGUGCCUGGUUCUAUUCAAGACCCUGUACAUUAUAUACAGCAGAAGGGCAGAUGGAACUGAGGACGUUUCAGAACUGACUAAAGGAAACCGCAACUUCAACCCCUUAAUCCUGUAUAUACCUGCAAUUUGUGACAUGACCGCCACCUCCAUCAUGUACAUCGGACUGAAUCUAACUUUCGCCUCUAGUUUUCAAAUGUUCAGAGGAUCGGUGAUCGUGUUCGUCGGUCUUCUCAGCGUAGCUUUUUUGAAUCGAAAUCUCGAACGCAGGGAAUGGUCUGGGAUUGGAUUCGUUAUUAUAGGUUUAGCCGUUGUUGGAGUGGCAGACUUUGUGUCUCAGAACGGCGAACAGCAGCAUAACAAAAAUGAUGUUAUUACUGGAGACAUGCUGAUAGUAAUUGCUCAAAUCAUACAGGCAGUCCAAAUGGUGGUCGAAGAGAAGUUUGUGCGUGGCGAAAAUAUCCCUUCUCUACAAGCCGUAGGCUGGGAAGGUUUAUUUGGUUUCGUCACUCUGGCCCUUCUCCAGAUCCCCUUCUACUUCAUUCACGCCGUUCCUCCGUUAACGCAACGCUCAGGCGAUCGUCUAGAGGACGCAAUUGACGCAUUGGUGCAGAUCGGAAACAGCAUACCGUUAUUUUUUGCCAUACUAGGCACGAUAAUUUCAAUCGCCUUUUUCAACUUUGCCGGCAUUAGCGUAACUAAAGAAAUGUCGGCAACUACACGAAUGGUUCUGGAUAGCGUCCGCACAAUCGUUAUUUGGGUGUUCAGCUUGGCUUUCUUCGGCCAAGCAUUUCACUGGCUUCAGCUUUUCGGUUUUGUGCUACUAAUCACUGGCAUGUGCCUUUACAAUGGAAUAACUUUUACUUCCACUUAUGGCUACCUGAAUGCAGUGUUCGCCCGACGAAGCCGCCGCGAUAACCUCGAGGAGAGUAUUAUCAAUACGAAUGCUGAGGAAACGGAACCUUAAUUUAACCGAUUUAUACAUACUAUAGUUGGGUGUUAUUAUACUUGACAAUAUAGUUUAGAUUUAAGAAAGCGAGACAGUCCACGUUUGAAACGUGGAAAAAUCAGAGAAAUUGGAGGCGUGAUUGAAGUGGUUGUUUGUUGGUAGUUCAAAACGCUGUCGAUAUAUUUGUUGCAGAAAAAAAUAAAUGACAAAUGUUAAAAUUAAA